AUGGUGGACGACUCCCAACAACGGAACCACUUACUCGGCGAUUGGACGGAUAUUGAGCAGAAUCGUAUCAUGGAGGAAGAAAAUGAGCAUCAAAACGAGGAUGGAGAAUUGGAACAAGAAUUGGGACCGACGAAAAAAACCAGACGGCGUGUUCGAUUCGCUGACUCCGAGAAGCCCACAACUCAAAGGCGAUCCUGGACCCGGACACGAACACGGAGAUUUAGUUGUCUACGCAGUCCAAGUAGCGCAAUUCUCCUCGCUGCUUUAUUGCUAUGUCUUGGAGCCGGAUAUGCAUAUCGCUGGAAGGUCGAGACCGCAUUGCAUCGGAGCUGGAUCCCUGAUGCUGCCACCGAACGAUUCAGCCAGAGCCCGUUGCCCCCGCCUCCAGAGCAUCUUCAAAUCACCAACUAUACACUCCCUCUACGGACGAGAGGACGAGAUAUUGUAGAUGUCAACGGCCGCCGUUUCAAGUUAGCCUCGGUGAACUGGUAUGGUGCCAGCGACGAGUUCUUUGUCACUGGAGGUUUGGAUAUCCAACAUCGCGAUGAUAUUGCAAAGACUAUCAAGAAGCUAGGCUUCAACAGUGUGAGGCUACCUUAUGCUGAUGAGUUAGUCAUCAAGAAUCCAGUUGUCGAAGAAAAACACCUUCGCGCAAAUCCCGACCUGGUCGGCCUGAGGGCACUGGACAUCUUUCAUGCUAUUGUUCAGACGCUGACUAAAUCGGGCAUCGCUGUCAUCGUAAAUAACCACAUAACCAGCGCAACCUGGUGUUGCGGUGCUGAUCCCUGUGAUGCUGGCUGGUCGAACGACCAUUUGGGCCCCAUGUGUCGGGUGCGACAGACUGAGGACGAAUGGAUCCAGCACUGGGAGACUAUCAUGCUCCCGCACAUCAACAACCCGCUUGUCAUUGGUGUUGAUCUCAGGAAUGAGAUCCGUGGCCUUUGGGGUACCAUGCCGUGGUCGAAGUGGGCACCAGCUGCUGAAAGAUGCGGCAACCGACUUCUUCAGAUGAAUAGGGACUGGCUCGUCAUAGUCGAGGGCACUGAGUCUUCCAACGAUCUGUCCAAGGUGUGCAAACGUCCUAUCCUGCUGGACGUUACCCACCGACUAGUAUACUCAGCACACGUGUACGCUUGGUCUGGCUGGGGGAGCUGGGAGGGCCGUUUCCUUCAGCGAGACUACGACUCAUUCGCGAAGACGAUGCACCAUAACUGGGGAUACAUCAUCGAUAAACAGAUUGCCCCUGUGUGGGUCGGCGAGAUCGGGGCGCCUGUGCAGCCCUCUGUUGGUGACGCCAAUUACUGGCAGCACCUAGUACGUUUCCUCCAGGACAAAGAUUCUGAUUUUGGAUACUGGGCGCUGAAUGCCCGGAAGCCCAAGGGGAAUGCAACGGAGAGAUAUGGCCUACUUCAAGACGAUUGGAAGACUCCAGUGCUUGAUUAUCGGAUGAAGGAUAUGCUUGAGCUCAUGUCGGCUUGA